CACCAUGCCGAGAGCCUCGCGUGGCAUCCAUUUCCUGUUCUUUUACGAAGAGCCGUCGUCGACGCACGUCGUGUUUUGCGGGUGUUCAGUGAGUGAGCUGCCAAAGUUCGAGUUUCAAACAUGGUCCGUAUCAGCGUGCUGGCCGAUGCCCUCAAGUGUAUCCAUAAUGCGGAAAAGCGUGGCAAGCGCCAGGUGCUUAUCCGGCCCAACUCAAAGGUCGUGAUCAAGUUCCUGACCGUGAUGAUGAAGCACGGCUACAUUGGCGAGUUUGAGAUUGUGGACGACCAUCGCAGCGGCAAGGUUGUGGUCAAUCUGACCGGUCGCCUCAACAAGGCCGGUAUCAUUUCGCCCCGUUUCGACGUCAAGCUGGACGAUAUCGAACGGUGGACGAACAAUCUGCUGCCCUCCCGUCAGUUUGGCUACGUCGUCCUUACUACCAGCGGUGGUAUUAUGGAUCACGAGGAAGCCAGAAGGAAGCAUCUCGGUGGAAAGAUUCUGGGAUAUUUCUUCUAAAACACACACACACACACCACAUCAAGCAAGGCCGUUCAAUGUACAGCGACUCAGACAACCGAAACUGCGGUGGGAAACACACACACAGCGUGCGCGUGGACCUAAUUGAGAAACACAAUCAACCAUCAACCAUUGAACCGAUGCUUUUCCUUGCAUUUGGCAUACGAGGACAUUGUACUCCAGUGUUCGAUGGUUGAAUUAAAAGUGUUGUGCAAAGUGUUGUGCUCGAAUGGCCGUCUGUACGAACGUAUUUUCUAUUGCUUUAUGGCUGCAGUUAUUUUAAGAUGGAAAUCGUAUGACUGGAAACGUGGUUGAUGUGAACCGGAAAGAAAUAUAAAGAAGCGAAAUUGUACCUACCA